UAUGCCAUGCGAGACCUCGUCCACAGGCUUCCAGGUGGGAACAAUAGCAACAACGCAGCGAGUAAGGCCAUGUCGGAUGACACGGUGACAGCCGUCUGCUGCACCCUGCACGAGGUGAUCACCAAGAACAUGGAGAACGCCAAGGCCUUACGGGAUGCUGGCGGCAUUGAGAAGUUGGUUGGCAUCUCCAAAAGCAAAGGAGAUAAACACUCUCCAAAAGUGGUCAAGGCCGCAUCUCAGGUCCUAAACAGCAUGUGGCAGUACAGAGAUCUGAGGAGUCUCUACAAAAAGGAUGGAUGGUCACAGUAUCACUUCGUAGCCUCAUCGUCAACCAUCGAGAGGGAUCGGCAAAGGCCCUACUCCUCCUCCCGCACGCCCUCCAUCUCCCCUGUGAGAGUGUCUCCCAACAACCGCUCAGCAAGUGCCCCAGCUUCACCUCGGGAAAUGAUCAGCCUCAAAGAAAGGAAAACAGACUAUGAAUCCACUGGCAACAAUGCCACUUACCACGGAACUAAAGGAGAACACACUUCCAGGAAAGACACCAUGACAGCUCAAAACACUGGAAUUUCAACUUUGUAUAGGAAUUCCUAUGGUGCGCCCGCUGAAGACAUCAAACAUAACCAGGUUCCAGCACAGCCCGUCCCACAGGAGCCCAGCAGGAAGGAUUACGAGACCUACCAGCCGUUUCAGAAUUCCACGAGAAACUACGACGAGUCCUUCUUCGAGGACCAGGUUCACCAUCGCCCUCCCGCCAGUGAGUACACCAUGCACCUGGGACUCAAGUCCACCGGCAACUAUGUCGACUUCUACUCAGCUGCCCGUCCCUACAGUGAACUGAACUAUGAAACGAGCCACUACCCGGCCUCCCCCGACUCCUGGGUGUGAGGAGUGGGCGGCACGAGGCGCUCCGGGAACAGUGCAUGUGCAUGCAUACCACAAGACAUUGCUUUUUUUUUCCCCCUGCAAAUUUAGUUUGUUAAAGCCUGUUCCGUAGGAAGGCUGUGAUAACCAGUAAGGAACUAUUAAGAGCUCUUUGAGAAAGCUAAAUGCACCGAGCGUUAACUUGGAAGUCAAUAGGAAGCUGAAGUGAUCCUGAAUAUGACAUUGUACAAUACCUUUCUAGUUGGAGCUGUAGAGUAUCAAAAGUGCUUUAUCUUGAAUGUGGCGGAAGGCAGCAGAGGAGACAGGCGGGGUGGUGGGGCGUGAAGGUUACCGUUAAGCACAAGGGGCGGUGUAGGUCACACCCUUGAGAGGGACGGCUUCUCACGCUUUGUUGACUCUCUUCAUCCGUUGUGAUUCUAGGCUUCAAGUUGCAUUGGGGUUCCUCUGUACAGCAAGAUGUUUCUUGCCUUCUGUUAAUGCAUUGUUGUAAAGUAUUUGAUGUACAUUACAGAUUAAAGAAGAAGAGCGCAUCGUGUACAUUACACCAUGCGGCAGUGUUUCCUCAUCUAUGGUUCUAAAUAUUGCUUCAAUUUCAAACUUUUGAAAGAUGUAUGGAUUUCCAGUUUUUCUUUUCUUUUCUUUCUCCCAGUAUGUUUUAACAAAAAAAAAAAAAGGGAAAAAAAGGAAUAUUUAGCAGUAUUGUUCGUUCUGAUAUGUGAAUUUGUUUGUGGCAACUAAGCAAGGCAUUCAGCAGUUUCUGACAAUUAACAUACAUCAUUCCACACUCCUUGUCAACAAAGUGCUUUUUCACUGCCUAAAAUUUUAGAUGUAGAUAUUUGAAAUAGAUUUUUUCAUUUAUACCAGUUUUCUUUAUGAUGAUACAGUGUUAAAAGAAAAUAAAUUACAAUUGAUCUGUCAUCCA